GAAUUCAGAUGUACUGACACGAACAGAGAGAUUCUUCCACAGCUAUGUCAACAUGACAACUAAAGUCACUCUUACAUUCACUAAGUAUUCCAGCGGCGAAAAUGCGCUUCCUUACGUACGAAAUAUCACGGUCCAUGUCUGCUUAAAGGAACCAGGAACCACGACUACAUCGUUUACUACCAAUACUACAGGAUCUGCAACACUUUCCACCACUACUGUGACAGAAACCCCAACAACGACCUCUGUUCCAUCGACUACAAGUUCAAUGGAAUCUACUUCACCUUCAACAACUACUGUGACAGAAACCCCAACAACGACCUCUGUGCCAUCUACUACAACUUCAACGGAAUCUACAUCACCUUCCACCACGAUUGUAACAGAAACCUCAACAACUACAUCUGUUCCAUCGACUACAACUUCAACGGUAUCUACAACACCUUCCACCACUACUCUGACAGAAACUCCUACAACGACAUCUGUUCCAUCGACUACAACGUCAACGGUAUCUACAACACUUUCCACCACUUCUCUGACAGAAACCCCAACAACGACCUCUGUUCCUUCUACUACAGGUUCAACGCUAUCUACAACACUUUCAACGAUGACCGUGACAGAAACUCCAACAACGACCUCUAUGCCAUCUACUACAACUUCAACGGUAUCUACAUCACCUUCCACCACGACUGUAACAGAAACCUCAACAGCGACAUCUGUUCCAUCUACUACAACUUCAACGGUAUCUACAACACCUGUUGAAUCGACUAUAACUUCAACGGUAUCUACAAGACCUUCCACAACUACUGUGACAGAAACUCCUACAACGACGUCUGUUGAAUCGACUACAACUUCAACGGUAUCUGCAACACCUUCAGCAACUACUCUGACAGAAACUCCUACAACGAUAUAUGUUCCAUCGACUACAACUUCAACGGUAUCUACAUCAUCUUCCAGCACGACUGUGACAGAAACCCCAACAACGACCUCUGUUCCAUCUACUACAAGUGCAACGGUAUCUACAACACUUUUAACGACUUCUGUGACAGAAACUCCAACAACGACCUCUGUGCCAUCUACUACAACUUCAACGAUAUCUACAUCACCUUCCACUACGACUGUAACAGAAACCUCAACAACGACAUCUGUUCCAUCUACUACAACUUCAACGGUAUCUUCAACACCUUCCACCACUACUGUGACAGAAACUCCUACAACAACCUUUGUUGAAUCGACUACAACUGCAACAGUAUCUACAACACCUUCAACGACUACUCUGACAGAAACUCCUACAACAACAUUUGUUCCAUCGACUACAACGUCAACGGUAUCUACAACACUUUCCACCACUACUCUGACAGAAACCCCAACAACGACCUCUGUUCCUUCUACUACAGGUUCAACGCUAUCUACAACACUUUCAACGACUACCGUGACAGAAACCCCAACAACGACCUCUGUGCCAUCUACUACAACUUCAACGGUAUCUACAUCACCUGCCACCACGACUGUAACAAAAACCUCAACAACGACAUCUGUUCCAUCUACUACAACUUCAACGGUAUCUACAACACCUGUUGAAUCGACUAUAACUUCAACGAUAUCUUCAAGACCUUCCACAACUACUGUGACAGAAACUCCUACAACGACGUCUGUUGAAUCGACUACAACUUCAACGGUAUCUGCAACACCUUCAGCAACUACUCUGACAGAAACUCCUACAACGAUAUCUGUUCCAUCGACUACAACUUCAACGGUAUCUACAUCAUCUUCCAGCACGACUGUGACAGAAACCCCAACAACGACCUCUGUUCCAUCUACUACAAGUGCAACGGUAUCUACAACACUUUCAACGACUUCUGUGACAGAAACUCCAACAACGACCUCUGUGCCAUCUACUACAACUCCAACGGUAUCUACAUCACCUUCCACCACGACUGUAACAGAAACCUCAACCACGACACCUGUUCCAUCUACUACAACUUCAACGGUAUCUUCAACACCUUCCACCACUACUGUGACAGAAACUCCUACAACAACCUUUGUUGAAUCGACUACAACUGCAACAGUAUCUACAACACCUUCCACCACUACUGUGACAGAAACUCCAACAACGACCUCUGUUUCAUCGACCACAACUUCAACGGUAUCUACAACACCUUCCAGCACGACUGUGACAGAAACCCCAACAACGACCUCUGUUCCAUCUUCUACAAGUUCAACGGUAUCUACAACAAUUUCAACGACUUCUGUGACAGAAACUCCAACAACGACCUCUGUGCCAUCUACUACAACUUCAACGGUAUCUACAUCACCUUCCACCACGACUGAAACAGAAACCUCAACAACGACAUCUGUUCCAUCUACUACAACUUCAACGGUAUCUUCAACACCUUCCACCACUACUGUGACAGAAACUCCUACAACAACCUUUGUUGAAUCGACUACAACUGCAACAGUAUCUACAACACCUUCAACGGCUACUCUGACAGAAACUCCUACAACGACAUCUGUUCCAUCGACUACAACGUCAACGGUAUUUACAACACUUUCCACCACUACUCUGACAGAAACCCCAACAACGACCUCUGUUCCUUCUACUACAGGUUCAACGCUAUCUACAACACUUUCAACGAUUACCGUGACAGAAUCUCCAACAACGACCUCUAUGCCAUCUACUACAACUUCAACGGUAUCUACAUCACCUUCCACCACGACUGUAACAGAAACCUCAACAACGACAUCUGUUCCAUCUACUACAACUUCAACGGUAUCUACAACACCUGUUGAAACGACUAUAACUUCAACGGUAUCUACAAGACCUUCCACAACUACUGUGACAGAAACUCCUACAACGUCGUCUGUUGAAAUGACUACAACUUCAACGGUAUCUGCAACGCCUUCAGCAACUACUCUGACAGAAACUCCUACAACGAUAUCUGUUCCAUCGACUACAACUUUAACGGUAUCUACAUCACCUUCCAGCACGACUGAGACAGAAACCCCAACAACGACCUCUGUUCCAUCUACUACAAGUUCAACGGUAUCUACAACACUUUCAACGACUACUCUGACAGAAACUCCAACAACGACCUCUGUGCCAUCUACUACAACGUCAACGGUAUCUACAUCACCUUCCACUAAGACUGUAACAGAAACCUCAACAACGACAUCUGUUCCAUCUACUACAACUUUAACGGUAUCUAGAACACCUUCCACCACUAAUGUGACAGAAACCCCUACAACGACCGCUGUCUCAUCGACUACAUUUUCAACGGUAUCUACAACCCCGUCAACCACUUCUCUAACUGAAAACCCAACAUCGACCUCUGUUUCAUUGUCUACAACUUUAACGGCGUCUACAACAGCUUCAAUUACUACUCAGACAGAAACUCCUCCAACGACCUAUGUUGUAUUUACGACAAAUAAAACUCCUACCGUAUUUACAACACCGUUCACCCCUGAAAAAGUAUCUAUGGGCAAUUACACAAUAGAAAAAGGAACAAUCACAGUCCCAAGUACCAAUUUGACUAAAACUACGCCCCACCCUGGAUUUUCCACCGAAGAGGAAUCAACCACAAUAACAACAUCAAAGCCAACUACCCCAACUGUAUCAAUGCAAACUACAACUCCAACAGAAUCUACGAAUCCUUCCACCAACACUCUGACUGAGACAUCAUUAAAAACGACCACUCUAACAUCUAUAACAAAUCCAAAGACAACCGAAACAAUUGCCACAACUUCUGUGACAGAAACACCAAAUACUGAAUCUACCACCAAACAAUCAAGCUUAUCAACCACAAUAAUAACAGGUGUUUUAAAAUAG